GAAUGACGUCACUGCACUUCCGGCUCGGCGGCUCCAAGAUGGCGGCGCUGGCUCUGAGGGGUUUGGGGCGGCGCUGCCUCCUGGCCCGGCUGGGGCCCGGCCCCACCCUGCACCAGGCCGUCCCCAUGGGCACCACGGCCCGGGAGGAGAUGAGGAGGUUCUGGGAGAGGAACGAGCGCUCGGGGCGACCCCUGUCCCCCCAUGUCAGCAUCUACAAGUGGUCGCUGCCCAUGGCCAUGUCCAUCACCCACCGCGGCACCGGCGUCGCCCUCAGCCUCGGUGUGUCCCUGUUCUCGGUGGCCGCGCUGCUGCUCCCUGAGCAGUUCCCCCAUUACCUGGCCCAGGUGCGGGCGCUCAGCCUGGGCCCCACCCUCGUGUGCUCGGCCAAGUUCCUGCUGGCCCUGCCCCUGUGCUACCACACCUGGAACGGCGUCCGCCACCUGGCCUGGGACCUGGGCAAGGGGCUGAAGCUGCCGCAGGUGACGCAGUCGGGGCUGCUGGUGCUGGCCCUGACCGUGCUGUCCUCGGCCGCGCUGGCGGCGCUGUGACAGCCCCGGGGCCUUCCCAGAUCCUGGAAUCCCAGAAUCCCGAAAUUCCAAAUCCCCGGAAUCCCAAAAUCCCGGGAAUCCCAAAAUCCAGGAAUCCCAAAAUCCCGAAAUUCCAAAUCCCAGGAAUCCCAAAAUCCUGGGAAUCCCAAAAUCCCGAAAUUCCAAAUUCCCGGGAAUCCCAAAAUCCUGGGAAUCCCAAAAUCCCGGAAUCCUGGGAAUCCCAAAAUCCCGAAAUUCCAAAUCCUGGGAACCCCAAAAUCCCAGAAUCCCAAAAUCCUGGAAUCCCAGAACCCCGAAAUCCUGGGAAUCCCGGGAAUCCCAAAAUCCUGGAAUCCCACCCCUCCCAUCCCCCUCCCCAAAAUCCGGGAAUCUCAAAAUCCCUCCCCUCCCUCCCCCUCCCCAAAAUCCCGGGAUGAGAGCGAGCCCCUCGGUGUCCCCAUUGUCCCCUCGGUGUCCCCAUUGUCCCCUCGGUGUCCCCAUUGUCCCCGUGGUGUCCCCACGUGUCCCCGAGGCCGGGACAAUGCGGGAUCUGUGUCCCCACGAGUGGGAUUGGCACCGGGGUGGCACCACAGCGGCACAAGGAGCUCCAUUCAUUGAGGCAGCGCCCCACGGGGGUGGGUGACAGGUGACAUCUGGGUGCCACCCCCCUGCCACCGCUCAGAGUCCUGGGUCCUGUGGGAAUUCCAUGACUCAGCCCAUUUUUGGGGGGAAAAUCCCAAUUUUGGAGCCUCCUGCCCAUGGGAAGGCAGUGGUGACAAGUGACAUCUGGGUGCCACCCCCCUGCCACCACUGGGGUCCUCAUCCCCAUGGAAAUUUCUUUUUUCAGCCCAUUUUUGGGGAGAAAAAUCCCAAUUUUGGAGCCUUCUGCCCGUGGGGAGCAGUGCCACGAGGGUGACAUCUUGGUGCCACCCCCCUGCCACCCCUGGGGUCCUCAAACUCCUGGGAAUUCCAUAAUUCAGCCCAUUUUUGGGGUAAAAAUCCCAAUUUUGGAGCCUCCUGCUGAUGGGGAGCCUGUGGUGACAAGUGACAUCUCAAUGCCAUCCCCCUGCCACCCCUGGGGUCAUCAUCCCCAUGGAAUUUUCUUUAUUCAGCCCAUUUUUGGGGGAAAAAUCCCAAUUUUGGAGCCUCCUGCCGGUGGGAACGUCCUGGUUUCGUGGUGGGGAGGCCUUUGUGUCACUCCAGGUGUUGUCACCCCAGUUUUGUCACCCAGCUGUUGUCACCUGUCCCCUGGGGGACACAAUAAAGCAGCUCUGUCCCUCA